AUGUUGCAACAACAACAACAUCAUCAACAUUCACAUAACAAGUCUUCUUCUUGUACCACCAUCAUGGAUACUGAAAAACUUGUUUACAUUGGAGUAUUAUUAUUUGAAAUUCCUACUACAUCCAAAACAACAACAACAACAACUAUUACUACUACACCAACAUUAACAACAUCUACCAACCGAUUAAAGAAUAGUACAGGUAUUCAAAUCGAAGAAAUCUUUAAAAGUGAAAGAUCUUUUGUUGAAAAGAAAAUAUUCCAAAAUGGUCCAUUACUAUAUUACUCAAGUGUUGAUAAUACUACUACUACAAAUCAAUUGGAAGGAUACAUGUCUAUUUUAGGGUGUAUAGUUGACCAACUUCAUCCAGUUGAACCAUUAUGUUUUAAAUUAUCAUUAUUAUCAGAUUCAUUUCUUGAUUCUUCAACCAUAUCAACAUCAUCAACAACACCACCAAAUAUAAAUGAUAGUACCACCAACCCAUCUUCAUCAUUUGAUGGUGACCAUGUAAAUAAUAAUAAUAGUAAUAAUAAUAAUAAUAAUGUAAAUAAUAUGUAUAUAAGUAAAAUAUUUAAAGCAAAUGAUCCACAAGAUUGGCAAAUGUGGUUAAAUUUAUUUGGAAUGUAUUCAAAUAGUAAGAUUCCUAAACAAGCCAUUUCUUUACCGCUCUUGAAACUGCCAGCUGGAUUCAGUCAGGAUUCUCCCAACCCAGUUCACCACCGAAACUUUAACCAAUCUGCACCUGCUCAAGCAGGCAUUCCAACACCAACCAUCACACCACGACCACCACGUGAUUGGGAUGAAGAUGCGUCAUUCCUCAUUGAACGAUUUUCACAUCUCGAAGUUGACGUUGUAUUGGAUUGCAUCGAGUUCUGUCAAGGUGAUCGUGACGAGGUGAUUGCACUCUUGUCCUCGGGUAUGAGACUAUCCUACCAAGAAGAUUUAAAUGGAUUCUCUCCCAUGUCUGACAAGUUCCUAAGUCAUAAACCACGUACCAGCACUAAUAGUAAUAGAUUCAGUAGUUCGAGUAGUAAUAGUGCAGGUAGUACUGAUGACAGUAACAACAACCACAACAACAACAACAACAAUAAUGUAAUAACAUCAACAUCGGCAUCAACACGGUCAGCAAUGACAGGUAGCAGUGGAUUGGCAUCACCAUCGAGAAAACUUAAACGCACUAUUUCAAGAUCCGUCAAUUUAGCUGAUUAUAAUACUUCCGACGAUGAAGAAUAUAAUGACAAUAGUGAAGAUGACCAAGAUGAUGAUGAUGAUAGUGAAGAUGAGGAUGAUAGUGAGGAGAAAUAUUAUCAUGGACAUGAGUAUGGAUCAAAUGAAGUUGUACAUCGACAUUUGAAUGAUGAAGAGACGAUAUCAGAGAUUGUCGAAGUGGUACAAUACAAAAGUAAUGAGAAUUUGGCAUCUCAGCUGACCAUGAGUACCGAUAGUAGUAAUACACGUACUGGUACCAGUCCAACUGAGGAUAAUCAUCCAACAACAACCUCAUCCUUAUCUUCAUCUCUUGCUUCUUCUGGUGACGAUGCUGCUUCAUCUUCUUCCAAUUCUGCCAGUUCAAGUUUAUAUUCUUCUGGGUUUAAUUAUGUUGGUCAUCCAUCAACUACAACAAACUCUUCUGUACCCACUACUACAUCCACCUCUGUAUCAAUAUCCACUACCACCAAAAGACCAAUCAAAUCAAUAUCCUAUUCCUCAUCAUCAUCAUACGAUGAGGAGAUUUCCAUUGUUGAAUCACUUCUCCAACAAAAUGUAGAAAUAUCACGUCCCAACUCUGUCAUUGACAAAGAGUUUAUCUUGUUGACAACACCAUCACCACCAAGAAUCAAUCAACAACAAUACCAACAACAAAUAUCAAAACAAAUUCAAGAACAUCAUCAAAAUCAAUUAAAUUAUCAAAAACAACAACAACAACAACAACAACAAUUAAUUUCAACAACUACAACUACAAAUAUAGCAACAACAACAGUUCAACCAGAUCAACCACAACAACAACAACAAAUUUCAAGAGAACAUAAUAAUAAUAAUAAUCAGAAUAAUAAUAAUCAGAAUGUAGAAUUAAAAAUCAAGACAAGUAGUGGACAAAUGCAACCACCACCACAACAACAAUGGGCACAUAGAUUAUCAAUAAUCAAUCCAAACACAAAAUCUAUUAUUAAUCCAAAUCCACUUUGGAAAUCUUCUGCCAAAUCUGGAGCAUCAUGGGAUUUAAAGGUUCAAAUUGUAGGUCACUUAAAAUCAGGUGAACAUGUUGAAUAUCAAUUAGAUGUUUCUACCAAUUAUUCUCAAUGGACUCUUUAUAGAAGAUAUACAAAUUUCUUUUUAUUGGAUCAAAAGUUACAAAGUUUAAAGAUUAUAACAAAGGCACAACAUAGAGAUAAUAGAUUACCACCAAAGAAAUUAUUAUCAUCAGAUGAAAUCAUUAAAAGUAGAGAGGUUGAACUAUGUAAAUACCUUCAACAACUUUUAAAAGAUCAUCCUGGUAUUUUUUACAAUAAUCCUUUGGUCAAUGUAUUUUUCAACGGAGAAAUCACAUCUGAUAUCUUUACUUUAUUUGUAAAACAAAAAUAA